AUGGCGCAGAACGCUGCCGAAACCGCCCCACUCUACUCCACCCUGGACGAGCCCAUCACGAGCACCAUCGUGCGCGACGCGGUUGCCAUUGGCCGCAAGAUGCUCAUCGUCCUUGCGCCACCGCUUGGGGCGGAGAAGGAGCUGCGCGACUGGGACUUGUGGGGGCCGUUGCUGCUUUGUCUGCUGCUCGCUAUCAUUCUUGCCGGCUCGGCGGCGACAAAUCAGGGCGGUCUCAUCUUCUCGGCGGUGUUUGUGCUUGUGUGGGUGGGUGCCGCUGUCGUGACACUCAACGCGAAGUUCCUUGGCAGCAAGGUAUCCUUCUUUCAGACGGUCUGUGUGAUGGGCUACUGUCUGGCACCGCUUUGCAUCGGCGCCUUUCUCGGCGUCGUCAUCCGCGUCUUCUGGAUGAUGAUGCUGAUCUCGUUCGUGGUCUGGCUCUGGUCCUGCUGGGCGGCCUUGCGCUUUUUCCGCGGCUCUGUCGCUCCCGAACGCGAGAUGCUUGUCGUGUACCCGGUAGCUCUCUUCUACUCCUUCAUGACAUGGAUGGUGCUCGUGGGCGUUUGA